CGUCGUUCAUGUAUAUAUCCUUAGCAUUAUGCUGUGUGUAUGUUGGCCAAGAAUCACAUUUUUCAGACCUGAGCUGUCAAGAGUUUCAGUCCAAAAUAUGAAACUGUCGUGCGCUAAACUUCCUGCUUAUGCAGCUAUUUUGUCUCGAGCGCAUGCUGCUUGUAACAUUGUAGCAAACUGUUAUUAUUAGUCUGCAAGCUUAGCUGUGCUACAAUGUUGGAAGGAAUAACAUAUAACCCUUAUCCUAGCGUUCUCACAACAAAUUAUAUGUAACGUUUUCCAAUAAAUUUACGUCACAACAUUUGUCAUCAAAUCUGAUGGCUCGCUACACUACACAUUUCUUGCUGUUGGAAGACACACCCUCCACAUUUAUUUAUUGUACUUCCGUGCAUCGGACGGGGUGGCACAAGCGUUGAUCACGCCAGUCAGUUGAAUUGGCUAAACAACAUUCUCACGUUUCGAGGAGCGUCUAUGACAGCCUAGCGGUGAAUGAUACAGUAUGUUGUGUCUUUUCUGAAAAUGUAUCGAAACCGAAGGGUAAUCGCAGCACCGGAUUGUGGUAAACAACCAACAUCAAGGUGAGGUGCCGCUAUUGCUCUUCGGUGUUUGCUUUACGGGAUCCUUGGGACGGCCCUACUCAAUUGAAGUGGAAGUUUAAAAUGGUAAGGGGGGUAUGGACCUCCCAAGGAUCCAGUGUUUGCACCGACCGUUUAUCUCUCCCACAGCCGCCUGCGGAGACGAGUCCUAAUAGCGCAUGCGCCUUUUUUUGUAUAUAUAUUUUCUUCCACCUUGUAAAAAAGUGAUUUGCAUGCCAUUGCUCCUCAUGUCAUUUUAGUCAGUAUACAUAUAUUCCAGUCAGUAUAAAGAUAUAGGCUACUUCAUACAAGGGUGAAAUAAAUAGGAAAUCUAAUGUUGAAUUUCACUGCAUGUCAGUGGAGGCUGGUGGGAGGAGCUAAAGGAGGACGGCCUCAUUGUCAGGGCUGGAAUUGUGUUAAUGGAGCAGAGUAAAACAUGUGGUUUCCAUAUGUUUGAUGUGUUCAAUACCGUUCCAUAUAUUCCAUUCCAGCCAUUUCAGUGAGCCCGUCCUCCUAUAGCCCAUCCCACCAGCCUCUGCUGUAUGUUCUCUUUUGCUCAUAGGACCAACAAUACAUCCUGACGCUACAGUAUGGCCUGGGCUCUCACAGCAUGGAAUUGGUAUCCUCUCUCUGUCCUAUAGAUUUUUAGGUCAGGUUUUUUACAAAUGCUCUGAACAGUUUGUAAUGGACCUAAAAUCUCUAUUUCUGAAUAAGCUCCUCCAAUUCACCAGGGUAGGAACCAAGACUCUGUGGAUUUCAGAGUAACGUUACACCAUUUUACCCAAGACCUACUUUCGAGAGGCAGAGGGUGUGCAUUGUCUAAGUGGGAAUGGGAAACUGGUGUUGUCCUGCUGCUAGUCCCUGUGACAAUGUGGAGGAAAUAAGUGGGUUACUUCAUGGGGGUGUCGAGGUUCCAGCAUCCUCAUCAGAAUGUGGAGAGGUCGCUGGAUUCCACAAUGGUUCCGAGGAAGAUUCUGAAGUGAGGAAAACGGGAGGAGACGAUGCAGAGGACAAGAAAGACAAAGAGGUGGCUGUUGUGACUGUGCAGGUGUGCUGUAGUGUCCCUCCCAAAACCAAUGGAAAGGAAGACAUUGCCCAGCCCCAGACUAUAGAGAAGAAUGGACUCCUCCAGACAGAAGACAGACAGGCUGAGGAGCCAUCUCCCAACACAGGCACUGGACUCAUAGCAAACUCCAUCCUUACAGCACUGGACAAAAGAAUUGAGGAUACAGCCACAGAGAGCACAAAUGUAGAAGCUCAGAAAUGCACUUCAGAUCCUCCCCAGGGUCCCCAUAAGGAAGAGGUGCAAGGAGGAGGAGAUGCAGAGAAGGCCCUGGCUGAGAUAGAUGUAACUGUACUUGCUGAGCAGACCUCCACUGUGGUCCAGAAUGAACACUCAGAUAAUAUAACAGUUACACCUGAUGCUAAGGACAAAUGCCCUGAAGCCUUAGCCCUCAAAGCUGAGAUACCAGUAGAAUCCAUUACCUCUGAAACUGUGGAUGAGGAUUCAACAAUACCCCUACACAAUGCGGUGGAUGUACUGUCAGAGCCAGAGAAGUGUUGUCUUGGCACUGUGGUGGUCACAUCUCUCCCAGACUCCCAGCUGACCCCACCAGAGGCCUGUGAGAAGGCAGCAUCUACCGACAGUGUCCCUCACCUGCCCUCAUCUCCAUCUCCCACUAUCACUGUGAUAAAGGGGGUUGAUGGUAAAGAGAAUAGGAGCUCUGUAGCGCACCUGAAUGACAGUCCACAGGAUCCUGAGGCUUCUCCAGCUUUAACAGGAGCUACAGAGCCCACACAGAAUGGUCUGGUUCCCCAAAACCUCACUGGACUGGUGAAGGAACCAGUGAGAAUGAGUCCAUCUGGGACCAGCAAGAGUCAAAACUCCUGUGAACAAUCGAAGGAAGGUAUCCAGGGUGGAUUGGUUGAAGUCCCAUCUUUGGAAGACCUCUUAGAUGAAGGAACGGAGGAAGAAGUGCCAGAAACAAAGGAACAGGAGGAUGAGGAGAUGGAGAGUGCUGCUGCAGGGGCCGUGACAGGGGAUGAGACGGGAGGGGAGGAGGCCCUAAAAGGAGAGGUCCAUCAGGGGCCCAGCACCUCUGCUGAUUUGGAGGUGUUACAAGUGAGGGAAGAAGAUGGUCCUGCUGGGGACGAUCUGGGAGUUAGCGAGGAAGACCUGUAUCGAGGAGCUGAAGAGCUCCCCCAGGGGCCAGUUAAACAUGCAGGCCCAGAGCCAUUGUUUGAAAUCACACUUCCAAAGGUUGAGGACCGAUGCAGUCUGGAGCCAAUGGUGGAUAUUAUGUCCUACAGUGAGAGAGAGUGGAAGGGAAACACUGCCAAAAGUACCCUUAUUAGAAAGGGUUACACUGAGCUGUCUCAGAGGUUUGGGAGCCUGAGACGGGUGAGAGGAGAUAACUACUGUGCCCUCCGAGCCACUCUGUUCCAGGUGCUCUCCACCAGCACCCAGCUGCCUGUCUGGCUGCAGGACGAACACAUUUCCACGUGGCUGGAGGAGCUGGAAUGCCUGAUUGGCCAGUGGAUGUUCCCCUCAGAGUGCAGACAGAGGGAGGGAAGCGAAGAUGCCGCCCAACAGCUCAAACGCUACAUGGAACUCCUCCAGAACAGGUGGCAGGCGGCGGUGGGCUGCUCCAGUGCGGAGGAGAGACUGUGUCUGUGUGAGCGUGUGUUCCAGGGAGGGGAGGAGGAGCUGGGCCUGCUGGAAGCCCUGAAGCUCCUCAUGCUGGGCCGGGCCGUGGAGCUCCACACCACCAUGCAAGAGGGAGGAGACGUGCCCGUCUUCUGCUGGCUUCUCUACGCACGCGACUCUUCCGACUGCCCACGCAGCUUCCUGUCCAACCACCUGAGCCAAGUGGGAUUCAGCGGGGGGCUGGAGCAGGUGGAGAUGUUUCUGCUGGGGUAUGCCUUGCAGUGCACCAUCCAAGUCUACAGGCUGUACAUGGCACACACAGAGGAGUUUAUCACCUAUUUUCCCGACGACCAUAAGGAAGACUGGCCCUGUGUAUGUCUGGUCACAGAGGAUGACCGGCACUACAAUGUCCCAGUGGGCCAGCCCAAUGGACUCCAGGUCCCAGAAGACCUCAAUGCAAGCUGAUUGGACUCAAAGUCCCUGAUUUGCCACUGAAGAAGCUGGCUCAUGGCAGGCAGAACAGAAAGCACUCAUGUUGACUGAGUGAACAUAUUCCUGCCUAUUGACAUUAUGGCCCCAUUUACACCUGUUAGAAAAAGAGCUUUUGGAAUCUGACUAGAACUGAUGAUUAAAUAGAUAUCAGAUCACAUUUUUUUUUAACAGCAGGUGUAAAUGGGUACUAAAACACCCAUAAAGGGUGAGAGCAGAGUAGGCAGAGGUCAAUUCCUCACAGCACAUUUUAGCCUUGUUUGACACUGAAACCAUGACCUUGAAUCAAUUUUAGCUACCAGUUAGUUAUUGGUACUUAAAUUUAAAGUUUAUUUUUUAUGUAACUCAUGAAAUACACAAUUUUAUUGUAAGGUUAGCAGUAACUGCAUUUUUAGAGAUGGGUUAACUGGAGUACAGGAAGUUUGUUUGAUAAUUUGUCCCUGCGUCAGUGGCAUGCCAGGUCUCUGCUUGCUGCCAUACGUUCGAGUAAAGGUGUGGUAUUAUUUCAAAAUGUAACAUGCUGCCUUUAACCAAGGUGCUCUUGGAGAAAAUGCAUUGUGCCAAUGUUGUUGCAAAAUCAGAUACUGGCAACAGUUUCCUGGUUCAUUGUCAAACCAGCAGCCUCUGAGUUGGGUUCUACAUAUGAAGCCUGGCCUGGUCCUCCAUGUUGCCUUAAGUCAUUUAUGCACAAUAUGGGUGAACAUUGGUUGCUGCCUGGAGACCAUUUUGGUAAAAAAUAAAAAAUGUAAAAAAGCUAACACUGAUUAUACCACUUGGGUAAACACUUUUGUGCAGUAUGAUUGCAGAGUUUUAAAGGAAAUAAAAUCAAUAUUUUCCAAAUAAA